UGUAAGCGGAAUUUGUACUAAAUUGUAAAAUGUUUUAAAAUAGUUUAAAGAAACGGUUAUUUUUCGCGAAAAUUUAUUUAUUUAAUGAUUAUAAUCCAUACAUUAGAACUUUUGCUGAGUUCUGUAUUUUCCACCCACUUAAAAUAUGCUUCUGUAGCACCUAGUAGCUACUGAUCUGAAAUGUCACUGUGCUUCUGGGUUUAACCAGUUUCACUGCACUCAGCCUAGAUUUUAAAAAAGUAGUUCAUCCGUUGUACAUCAUCUACCCAUUUUUAUUCUCAUUAAUAUGCCGAACUCACAUAAUUCUAUCAUUCUGGAUUAUAUGGAUUAUUCUGUAUUAAAGUACGAGCUGUAUUCAAAUUCGAGUCUUGGAGGAAGCUGUCUGCGAAAAGGAGAAAAUUCAACUGUUAUGCUUGAAAAUAACUUGAAUAUGUUGUUGUGCAAUAACUGCCAUACAUUAUAAAAAAAGAAACUGUGGGAGAAUGCAAAUGCGGAGAACAGAUAUGAAUAUUUUAAUAUCAAGUAUUGUAUUCGCCUUUAUAUUAUGGUCAUCAGUGGACAUGUCAGAUGAAGCUGAAGUUGAUAGCUAUCAACAUUGUUUGGACCAUAAAGGCAAGGAAGUUUCCCACGGUGAUCGUUUCUUUCCAUUGGGCAGUGACCCUUGCACCCAGUGCACUUGCCUGAAUGGAAAGCCACAAAUGUGCAUAGCAGUCUUUUGUUCCCCUCCUGAAAACUGCAGACAGUACCAUGCCCUAAGUGACAAAUGUUGUGAAUUCGUUUGUCUCGAUAGGGAUUUUCCUAACAAGGCUUCUGGAAACAGCACAUAUCCAGAUACAGAUACUCUUAGCACCACUAAUUUGGGAUUAAGACUGGUUGCUAGCACUGUUACAUCAUUUUUGAUUUUGGCAUUGCUUUUAUUCAUGAUCCAUCGUCUUCGUCAAAGAAGAUUAUUGCUUAUGAUUCGACGAUUCCAUGCCAGGCGUAUGGAUAAUGGAAAUGCCCAUUUGUCUAGACGAUUCUCAGAAGAUGAUGAUGGCAGUGUUGGUUAUUUUGUUGGGCACGAUCAACUGGACUUCAGCCGCUAUGAUGAGCCACCCCCACCUUACACUCUGUGGAAACCUCCUGAAAUGUACAUUCCACCUGGUGAAGCUCCCCCUCCGUAUGAUCUCUCUGUUCAGCUCACUGCUCCUUACACAAGUAGCUUCAGUUAUGCUCCAAAUGAAGAAGUUGAUGUAACGACUCAACAGGCUGUUAUAUCUGUACAUGCAGAAAACCAAGAAAGCUCAUCUCAUGAGCCAUUAACUGUUGAACCAUCUUCUGCUAGCCAAACUGAGAAUAUUCCGGGACCAAAUUGUAGCAUAUGUACUGCUGUGGACAUUGAACUUAACAACAUGGCUAAUUCCACAGGUGGUGUUGUUUUGCCCCCUGAUAUACAAUAUGAGGAAUCAUGUAGCUAUUUACCCAGUAAUAAUACUACAGCUUCUUGUGCUUCUCAGGCUGAAAUUACUGUGAUUAAUUCUGAAACUCCAGAUGAUGAAGUGUUGAAUUCAAAUAUCGCCGGCUCAAGCAGUCCUUGUAAUGAUAAUGCAGUAGCCACUACAAGCACUUCGUGUACUUGUACAUUAGUUUCUAAGAAAGGAAAGUCCAAAAGACAUUCUUGUUGUGAAUUUGCUGAUGACAGUAGGCCAAGAACAAGUUUAAGCAGAAAUAAUUUGGAUAAUUGCUGCAGUAUGUAUUCUUCAACUAGCCAAGAAAAUAAUAAUUUAUAUCCUGAUCCUACUGCUUGGUGUGGUGAAGCAAGUGAAUCAUCUAGUAGCUCGAGCCCAACAUAUGAUCAGCCAACUUUAAGUCCUAGUACAAGUGAUUCCAGUUCUGCUGAUGCAGACUUUUCUCGAGAUUCUCGACUAGAACACAAUCCAGCUGCACCUAUGUCUUUUAGAACUUUACCUAGCAGAUUGUCUAGGAAUUUGGCAGCAUUUGAGAAUCCACGUAUUCGUGAUCUGCCUGAAGAUGGCUCUAAAGCUCCUCAUUUUCAAAAGACUUUAUCAAAUUUGAAAAAAUUUUCUUUAAUUAAAAGAAAAAAGAAGAAACGACGGUUAGAAAGGCCAAAUGAAAUCAGCUGCAGCUUUGUCUGCCAGUCUGUAACAGAUGGCUUACCUUCAGCUCACCAGUCAGUGUUUGAAGAUGGUAUAGAUUUGACUUCAAGAAAUUCUGCAGAAAAUGUUGCUCGGCCACUAGAGGCAAUCAAUCCUCACAUUGGGCAUAAGCUUGCCAGUAGUGGCCUUAGAUCCAAUGCUUCUAGACCAACCACUAUUAGCAUUCCAGGACAAGCUUAUAGGUUAGUUUCAAGGCGAAAAGAUGGAUCAGGGCCAAGUUUCAUCUCGUAUGCAGAUGUGCAUUGCUGUUCUUCAGUUGUUACUGUAUCUGGUGGUACAAUCGAAGGCAGCUGUGCAGCUUGCUGUAAUGCUUCAAGUCCUGAUUCGAUUUGUGACAGCCGCAGUCCUCCAACAGAUGUUCAUACAAUACAGUCAUCAAGAUCUCUCAAUAGACAGGGCAUUUCCAGAUCUGGAUCCAUAUGUUCUGAAACUGGAGAACGUCGAUAUCACCGAUCAGCGGGUUCUUCGCCAACAACUGCCCGCUCCAGUCAUGCUUUAGAUAGCAACAGAUUUCUGGAUUCUCGCUAUGCAUCCUCUUCUCACAUUGUAGUGAAUGACAGGACAAUGGGUGCCAGAAGCAGCUUCCAGAGUCAGGAAGAUGGAAAUGUGAGGCACAUUCCAGUUUGGGUCGUAAACUCUGUUGCAGUUGCUUCAAGGCCAGAAUAUGAUAUACAUUCCUCAGCUGUGCGACGAUCUGCGAGUGGAAGUUUAGGAGAAAGUUCUCGAUCAGUUGGAGACAUCAGUUCUCCUUUAGACUUCAGAGAUUCGAUGCUCUCGUCAGGUAGUAGUUGGGAAGCUUGUAGUCAUCUAUGAUGACUUAAUAACCCUAAUAAUUAAAAGGAAUCAGCCAAUAGUGAAUGAUUAUCAUGAUCAAAAUCAGUAUUCCUAUGUGCUCUACAUCUAAAAAAGUUUAUUAGUUUGAAUAUUAUAAUUUGGAUCGACAAUAUUUGUAUAAAUUUAACAGAUUUGUUAAUGACAAAAUUUCGAUAAUUGUUGUUCUUAGUAAAUGUACAUGGUUAAAAAAAAACAUUACUUGCAACUAACUUUAAUUUACUUCCUAAUCACAUGAUUGGCUGUUUUGUCUUUUUUAGACUGAAUAAGUUCAGCAUUAAAGGAAGACAGCACUUAUAAUUGUUUCAAUUUGAUAUUCAUAGCCUGAGUAAUAUACAUUUGUUUCAUAGAUAGUAAUUACUAUAUAGAUGGUGAAUAACUGUUGUGUGUUUAUGUCCCCUAACUUCAGAACAGCAAGGAACAUUCAUUUAACUGUGUCACUAUUAAGGUGCUGCUUUCAAGCAAUUUUCUGAAUUUUACGUUGCAUUCCAUAUCUUCAUCAUCAAUUCUUAAGUUUUUUAAUUAAUAUAAUUAUGAGCAGAUGCAAAUUUCUAUGGGUAAUAAUUUAGUUUUUCUUCCAUUUAUUGUAGAAUAAAAAUGAUUUGUUAGAAUAUUUUGUUUUUACAUAGUCACUCCUUAUUACACUGUUGCUAUGGAAAUGAAUCUCAAAAUGUGCUGAGCAUAUAUUAUCACUGCCAUUAAAUAUAUCCAGUAUUGUGAUGAUUUAACCUUUUAGUACUGAAUUGUUUCUCAAUUGAUGUAUAUUUCUGUAAAGUUUCGAUAUAUUUUGAAAUAGAUAUUUGUUAUUAGUCUUUUUAUUUAUAUUCUCAGGAAUAUGACCUUUUUAUCUGGAUUAUUUAGCAUUUUCUAUUUUGGUGAUAUUUUGUUAUUUCAGUAACUAAACAUAAGAAUGCAGAAUUAUUGUUUUAAUUUUUUAAUUGAAUUAAAAUAUUCUAUUUGUAAAAUGUAAAUUUAUGAAAUUUCUUAAAUAAUAUAUAGUAUUUUAGUUAAAACUCAUGGCUUUUAUUUUAAAUGCUGGCUUUUUUUAUUUUUGUUUUAGUAAGAUAUGUCCUUAAAUAUUAAUUUAGGAUAAUUUUAUUGUGUAUUCUUAAGAAAGUAUAAGUUUUGUCAGUUUUCUGUUAUUAAUGAUCUGUCUGCUUGUUUUAUAUUUAAGAGUAUAACCAUUUUCAUUUUUUUAAUCCGUAUGUUCUUUUUCUUCUUUUUUUUUUUUUUUAAACAGUUAAUUAAUCAAGAAGGUUGUGUUAAAAAUUUUUGUAUUCUUGUUAUUCAUGUUUGUUAUAGAAACAGUUGUUGAACAAAAGCAGUAAAGCAUUGAAACUGGAAGUAAUCAAAAAAUUGACAUCGCUUGAGAAUGCCCUAAUUCAUAAAUUCCUUUGUGAACUUAACAUUUUUAAUUCAGUGCAAUUAUUUCAUGUGAUUAAACUUGGAUGGGAAAGCAAUAAGAAAUAGAAAAAAAUCAAUUGAGAUUUAUUCAAGCCUACUAUAGGAGUUAGAAGGAAUAGAUAAAAUCAGAUUAAUGUGAACAGAAAAAGUGAGCACUAAACAGUGAACCAUGAGGACUGGCAUCUAAAUUUCAAUUGACUUACAUUUGUCUAUAGGCAUUUAACAAAACAAAAAAAAUACUGAAACAUUUUUCAACAAGAAUUUAAUUCAAAAUAAAAAUUUUUAACAAAUAGCAAUUUCAGAUUUAUUACAAACUGAUUGAUUUAAAUUAUUAUUGCACAAUGUUUUCUGUUGCCUUCUCCUUACAAAUUUCAACAUAUUUUAAUGGUUUUUUGUCUUUUUCUAUUCAAAAGAAGGAGAAAAAGAGCUCUGAAAACAACUUUUUUUUUUUUUAUGCUUCAAAAAAUAUUAAUACAUAAAUGUAGCUUUAUAAUAUAUAAAAAUACCAAUAUAAAAAGUAAAAAUGGAAAUUUAUAUCUCACUAAAUGAAGUUCUAAGUUCGCUUGUUUUUAAAUUAAGUAACUCGGAGUAUAAAUAUUUAAUUCUGGGAUAAUAAAUUGUGUAUUAUUUGCUAAAAUAAAAUUCUGAACAAUAGCCUUCUUCCUCAAUAUUCUAUGUUACCAUUUGUAUGAUCAAUGCUUUGCUGUAACUAAAAUAUAGAUUUUCCAAAACAAAAAAAAAGAGUGAAAUAUAGAUUUGGAAGUAAAGCUAUUCUAAUUAUUAGAAAAAUUUGAAACUUUCAUAAUUUUGUUUCAUAAUAUAUAUAAAACGUUUACUUAUUCUUUCUGAAAGAAAUUGUUUUCUUUACUCUUCAUAAUCACUUUUAGCAUCAAUGAUUAAAUGCAUUUUUAAUUUACAUCCUUAACAAAAUAUACUUCAUUUAGAUCUAACAGUUACAGGUGCCAAAACAAUUCAUAGAAAAAAUUUUAAAUUGCACCCUAAAGUUGUUUUGAAAAAAUUUAAGGUGCAUAUUUUAAGGUUUGUAAUAUUUUUCUGGAUUUUCUAAUAAAUAUUUAGCACUAAACUGGAAGUUAGGAAAUUUAACAUUAUUUUUAUGUAUUGAUUAUUCUUUGAUAAAUGUAAUUUUUUGGCAACUCUCAAAUAUAUCAUGUUGUAUAAUUGUUUAUAUAUUUUUACAUUUGAAAUACUGUUUGUCUCAUCUGUCCCACAUCAGCUA